AGCGGCAUCAAUGUCUAUCGGGAGGCAAAACAUGGCGGCCCCGGCGGACGCGAAGAAGCGUAAACUGAACGAUGAAAUCAAAGCAGGCACAACCAGCCGAGCUGCCCACCCGGCGGAUCGGCCGAAGCAGCGCCGCAACUGUCCCUACCUGGACACAAUCAACCGAAACGUGCUGGACUUCGACUUCGAGAAACUCUGCUCGGUGUCGCUUUCCCGGAUCAACGUGUACGCGUGCCUCGUCUGCGGCAAAUACUUCCAGGGCCGUGGCACCAACACGCACGCCUACACGCACAGCGUACAAGUGAGCCACCACGUGUUCCUCAACCUGCAGACGCUGCGCUUCUACUGCCUUCCCGACAACUACGAGAUUGUUGACUCAUCCCUGGACGACAUCACAUACGUCUUGCGGCCUACAUUCACGAAAGAGGACAUAGUCCGACUAGACACCAGUGACCGCCUGUCACGCGCCUAUGAUGGGACGACCUAUUUGCCUGGCAUUGUGGGCCUCAACAACAUUAAAGCCAAUGACUACUGCAACGUCAUUCUCCAGGCGCUCUCUCAUGUGCCCCCACUCCGCAACUACUUCCUCCGCGAAGAGAACUACAUGGUCCUCAAGAGGCCUCCUGGUGACAUCAACGUCCUCUUGGUACAGCGCUUUGGCGAGCUAAUCCGCAAGCUCUGGAACCCAAGGAAUUUCAAAGCGCAUGUGAGCCCCCAUGAAAUGCUGCAGGCUGUGGUGUUGUGCAGCAAGAAGCGCUUCCAGAUCACGCAACAGGGUGACCCCAUCGACUUUCUCUCCUGGUUUCUCAACAGCCUGCACAUGGCACUCAAUGGCACCCAGAAGACCAGCAGCAGCAUUGUCUACCGCACAUUUCGCGGCGGCAUGAAUGUCUACUCACGCAAGGUCAUUCCCGUGGAGAUGACAGAGGCUGAGAGGCGGGCUGCUCUGCGCACCACGGAGUAUGACGAGAAAGUCGAGAGUACUGGCUUUAUGUACCUGACCGCAGACCUGCCUGCACAACCUCUGUUCAAGGAUGAGCUUCGGGAGAAUAUCAUCCCUCAGGUGCCACUUUUUACUAUCCUCUCAAAGUUCAAUGGGACCAGUGAGAAGGAGUACAGGACGUACAAGGACUCGACGCUCAAGCGCUUUGAGUUGACCUCACUGCCACCAUACCUCAUCCUCUACAUCAAGCGCUUCACAAAGAACACAUUCUUUGUCGAGAAGAACCCCACUAUUGUGAACUUCCCCAUAAAGGACGUUGACCUGGGUGAACUGAUAGCUGUGAACGUGCCAGAUUCUGCUGAGGGAACCUACGUUUACGACCUCAUUGCCAAUGUUGUGCAUGAGGGUGAACCUGGAUCAGGGAAAGGAACAUACAGGGCUCACAUCUUGCAUCGUGGUUCUGGGAAGUGGUAUGAGCUACAAGAUCUCCACGUCACCGAGAUCUUGCCACAGAUGAUCACACUGUCAGAAGCCUACAUACAGAUAUGGGAGCGGAGGAGAAAAAAGCUGGCGGCAUCAACAUCUGAGUAGCCUGUUCUCCAAGUGCAUCCUAUAUUGAUGACAUCUUAGUUUGCUCAUCUAUGAAUAAAUGUAAAGUUGUUCUACUUGCAGAA